AAGAUUACCAAGAAACGUUUUGUUAGGCACAAAACUGUAUCGGCAUUUUUCGUUCUUUUUCUAUCGACAUGGUGUAAUUUACCGCGGUUGAUAAACAAGUUGCCCAUUUGAACCGAACCCGCAAUCUGAAAGCAUGUCUACCACGUUAUUCAUAAGCAGCGACAUUCCUGAAAGGUUCGUCCGAUAAUAUUGUUACGCAGAGUCAGAUAGCAGGAAAUGGACCAAGUAUGGCGAUUUCCUUACAAACCCAGAUUAGUCAAAUGCAGCAGCCCGUACAAACAAUCCGAGUCAUAUGUUACCGCAGCGUUCUGCCAUCCGCAUUCGGCAUAGCAACUGUUUCCGUCUCCGAUUGCGGUACUCCAUCAGAGCAGUGCCAGUGUCCAACCGGUACUGUGCCGUAUUCUACCGUGUCUGGGAUUCCAACCGGAUGCAGCUGCGUAAUUCUAUGCCAAAAUGUCUUUCCCUGACGGAGUAUCACACGCGCCUACAUCGGUGAUAAACAGUGUCGACAGUGAUUUUGCGGUGUCACCAGUAAAUACUGUUGGACAUGGUGAGGAUGCGGCCAGGGAAAACUACGAAAGAAAAGAUGUGGAAAGUGAGCGGGAAUUGGAUCCGUUUGCGCACGCUGACCUCGGUGAAGACAGGAGAAAUGCACAAACCACCACGACAAAUCUUCAAACCCUCAUGCACUUGCUCAAAGGAAACAUCGGGACCGGCAUAUUUGCCAUGGCAAGCGCAGUGAACAACGCAGGCUUGGCGACGGGAACGAUUGCCAUUGUUGUGAUGGGAUUUAUUUGUAUUCAUUGUAUGCACAUUCUUGUGAACUGUGCCCACCAUCUCUGCAAAGUAGAAGGAAAAAACGCUUUGGAUUACGGGGAAGUUGUUCAGGCGGCAUUCAGACAAAGCUCAUACAGUAAAUACGCAAAUCUCUCCAAAAAAGUUGUGGAUCUGUUUAUAAUUGUAUCGCAGUUUGGAUUCUGCUGCGUUUACAUCGUUUACGUCGCCACGACGCUACAAGAUGUAAUUCGCUACUAUACGGACGUUGAGCUGCCGAUACAGGCGUACACAGCUAUGGUACUUCCCUUCUUGAUUCUGCUUUGUUACAUUCGGAGCCUAAAGAUUCUAGCGCCCUUUUCCUUGGCAGCCAAUCUCAUCUUAUGCACCUGUCUGGUGAUAAUUUUUGUUUACGUUUUUGGCCAUUUAAAAUCAGUUGACUCGGUACCACAAUUUGCCGGAUGGUCGAAAUUGCCGCUGUUUUUUGGGACUGCAAUAUACGCUUUUGAAGGGAUUGGAAUUGUCCUGCCAAUCGAAAAUCGAAUGAAAAAUCCACAGGAUUUUGGAGGGUGGACAGGAAUUCUUAAUGUCGGGAUGGUGAUUAUCACUGCACUGUACACCGCUGCUGGCUUUUUUGGCUACCUUGCAUUUGGUACCGAAAUAGAAGACACCAUUACUCUAAAUUUGCCGCAUAAAGGGAUAUAUAUUGUGGUUAUCCUUCUGGUCGGUCUCGUCGUUUUUUAUUCCUAUUCCCUUCAGUUCUACGUCCCUUUUGAAAUUUUGUGGCCAACAGUGAAGAAGCGUCUGAGGACGCCUCUCCAAGUGAAGAUCGGUGAAUAUUUAUUUCGCACCGGCAUUGUGAUAUUUACGUUUCUUCUUGCCGUUGCUAUUCCUAAACUGGGAUUAUUCAUCUCCCUUGUGGGAGCAGUGGGAAGUAGUUCCCUUGCACUUAUAUUUCCACCGGUCUUAGAAACUGUCACCUACGGUUGGCAGAAUCAAGGCAAGCUGCACUGGAAGUUGAUAAAGAACGCCGCCAUAUUUAUAUUUGGAAUUCUUGGUUUUGUUACCGGGACCUAUGUAGCCAUUUUAGAAAUCGUUUUGUCAUUCGAGAAAGAUGCUAGAGAUAGCGCGACUACUACCGCAAUUCCUACUCAGGCAGUACAUGUCCAAUACCUUUCGUGAUAAAAAUACGUAUUUUAUUUGGAUGUUUUUAUUUUUUACUUGUUGUAAUGCUCAUUUAAACACUGUGAUCAAUCCUGGCAAGUCCUUUAUGUACGCCACACUAAUUAAACGGGCACAAUAAUUUACUAUAAUAACGCAAACCUUAAUCGAAAUUAAA